AUGUCGACCACCACGGGUGCCUUCAUCGCCGGUGGCAUCGCAGCAUGCGGUGCAGUCACAGCUACCCAUCCGUUCGAGACGGUCAAGAUCAGAAUGCAGUUGCAAGGCGAGCUUCAGUCCAAGGGCCACCAACCACACCACUACCGGGGACCCUUUCAGGCUGUCACCAUGAUUGUGCGCAAUGAGGGUCUUCGGGGCAUCUACCGCGGCAUUGGCUGUGCCUACGCCUACCAGAUCCUUCUCAAUGGCUGCCGUCUCGGCUUUUACGAGCCCAUGCGGCAAACCCUCGCCUCCGUCAUCCUCAAGGACUCCACGAAACAGAACCUCGGCAUCAACAUGUUUUGCGGUGCCACAUCGGGCAUCAUUGGUGCAGCCGCCGGCAGUCCCUUCUUCUUGGUCAAGACGAGACUGCAGAGCUAUAGCAAGCACAUUGCCGUGGGCACGCAACACAAGUACAAAAACGCCCUCGACGGUCUGCGACAGAUCUCGAGCACCGAGGGCGUCCGGGGCUUAUACCGUGGCAUAACGGCCGCCAUGAUCCGGACGGGCUUUGGCAGCAGUGUCCAGCUCCCGACCUACUUUUUCGCCAAGAGGAGACUGCAGAGGCAUUUGGGCAUGGAGGAGGGCGCACCUCUUCACUUGACGAGUUCGGCCGUGUCUGGCUUUGUGGUUUGUUGUGUCAUGCACCCGCCUGACACUGUCAUGUCGCGCAUGUAUAACCAAAACGGAAACCUGUACACCAACAUGUUUGACUGCCUGGCCAAGACGAUCAAGACCGAGGGCUUGUUCGCCAUUUACAAGGGCUUCUUGCCGCACCUUGCCAGGAUAUUACCUCACACCAUUCUCACCCUCAGUUUGGCGGAGCAGACCAACAAGCUGGUGAGGAAGCUGGAGAACAAAUUCUUGCCUGAAUCUGUGUUAGAAAAGGCUUAG